AUGGAGACGCUGGUGAAAGCAGCAGUGGUAACAUCGAUUCCGUUUGAGCAUGCUCCUACUGCCACAAGAGUCACAGAACUGACACGAUCAUCGAUAUGCUGCCCUUCGUAUCGAUGUGGGCGACAGAUCGUCCUCAGCGGCAGGCUGGCGCCGCCCCUCGUCGGCGUCGAAAGCAGAGACAACCUCGAGCGAGAUGUCACGAUGUUCCUCCAAUCCCUUCGACACUUUCCCCAACAGCCUCUCCCUGUUCCUGUCGUUGUGUAUCGAAACUUUUUCGUUGUUGUAGCGCAGCAGCGGAGCGGUGAGUCGCUCUCGAAUUCUGAGCAAGAACUUUGGACAGUAGUGAAGCUGACAUUGGCCGUCUUUCGAACUGCAGAGGAGCGCUCGAUCGAUGCUUGCCACACCAUCGAUAUCGCGCGCAGAUUCAUCGAGACAUGCUCCGAUUGCAAUCUUCGUGCGCUGGAUUGCGAUUUGAUCGAGCCUUCCGGCUUCUGCCGAGGUCCGUUUGAGCUGACCAAGAGAUGGAUCUCUUUGCUGCUCGUGCUUCACUGCAGCGAAGCUGAUGUGUGCGAAGAGAUCGACAACCUUGCGCAUCUUCUCCUCGACAGUCUUCAAGGAGCAGCUGAAGCUGUCCAGCAUGGCUCGGUGCAGCAAGUCUCCGUUCUCGGACUGCUGGGUAUCUUGUUCGACACUUGGGCAGAACUUGGCUGGCAAGUGAUGGAGACCAGGACGGAUCUCGUUGGAUCCGCGGUACGACUCCUCGUAGACAUCGUCUGGCGGGAUCAAGGACACGUCAAGAUCGCGAUCGGGUUGUUGGAGCGGAUCGACGCUCGGGAUGGAUUGUUUGCGUCGAGCGUUGCGGCUGAUGUCGCUUCGUCCAUACUUUCUCGGUUGACGCAGGAGGCAGGCGAUCCCCGCAACCCAGUUCGCAGCCAGGGUGCGGGACAGCUCGUGUCGAUCGUUGGAUUUUUUCACAUCUGUCUCGACAUGAUGCUCGCUAUCUCGUAUGCGCAUGCGACCUCGUACAUUCGCAACUACUUUCUCGAGUCAUUGUCGCCGCUGAUGAGCCUGAUGCUCGAGCGAACCAUCGAAAAUCCUCGAGAAGAUCGUGUUGCAGAGCUCGACAUGGUCUCGACCGAGCUCUACGACCUGUGCGACCAGGCGCUGCGACGCCAGCGCGUCUAG